CAGCUUGCCCGCCAAUGCACGUCUCCGUCACAGCACUAUCAUGUCCACCACGGCGUGUUGAUGCUCUCUCCAUGGCGAAGAGCGGACCGAUAGGCCUUCUUUGAGCACGCAACGGUCAAGUCUGGCAUAUACAUAUCACUGACUUGCCUUCGUCUACUCCAAUCUCGCACCACUCUAUACCCCUCCACAUUAUCCCACUUCUAGCGUCUCGACAACUCAUGCUGAAGAAUAUUAGACUUGACCUCUUUCUGUAAUCUCUGCAGACCUUCGAAAGCAUUGCAGCCAUGGGAGCUACCACAAACGGCCAGGUCAAUGGCACCUCAAGAGGCAUCCGGAUAGCCAUCGACCGAGGUGGGACCUUCACAGAUUGUGUCGGCAACCCAGGGACGGGUAAGAUGGAGGAUGAUGUUUUGAUCAAGCUCCUGUCUGUCGACCCUCAAAACUACGAUGAUGCACCACUCGAGGGUAUUCGACGUCUACUCGAGAAGUUUACCGGUCAGGACAUUCCCCGAGGGCAGCCAUUAGACACGAGCAAGAUCGAAAGCAUUCGCAUGGGCACGACUGUCGCGACAAAUGCGUUGUUGGAAAGGAAAGGAGAAGAUAUUGCUAUGGUAGUCACGAAAGGCUUCAAGGACUGUUUGGAAAUCGGCAACCAGAGUCGGCCGAACAUCUUCGACCUUGCGAUCAGGAAGCCGGAAGUGCUGUACAAGAAAGUGGUCGAGAUCGAUGAGCGAGUCACACUAGAGGAUUAUGCUGAGGAUCCAGAACGUCGUACGACGGAAGCUGAGGCAGUAGAUGGAGCAAAGAGAAACGCAGAAUUGGUUAAAGGCCUAUCGGGAGAGACAGUACGAAUACUACAGAGGCCAGAUGAGGAGCGCAUACGACAGCAGCUGCAAGAGGUGUAUGAUUCUGGAUUGAAGAGCAUAGCAGUAUGUCUCAUGCAUGGAUACACAUACCCGCAGCACGAGGCGCUAGUGGGUAAGAUCGCGAGAGACAUCGGGUUCGAGCACGUCUCGCUAUCGUCUGAGCUGAUGCCUAUGAUCAAGCUGGUGCCGAGAGCGACUUCGGCUUGUGCUGAUGCAUAUCUUACUCCAGCGAUCCGCAAAUACAUUGACGGCUUCCAGAAAGGCUUCGAGGGCGGACUGGGAACAGAAAGCGUGAAGAACGAAAGUGGCUCGAAAGGAGCACGUUGCGAGUUCAUGCAGUCGGAUGGAGGACUUGUUGAUGUUGAUGGCUUCAGUGGUCUGCGAGCCAUUCUUUCUGGGCCAGCGGGAGGUGUUGUCGGAUAUGCGCUUACGAGUUACGACCCUGAGACGCAGAUUCCAGUGAUCGGUUUCGACAUGGGAGGAACCAGUACUGAUGUGUCAAGAUAUGGCAAUGGGCGUUAUGAUCACGUUUUUGAGACGACAACGGCCGGCGUCACGAUCCAGUCUCCUCAACUGGACAUCAACACAGUGGCUGCUGGUGGUGGCUCUCGGCUUUUCUUCCGAAACGGUCUGUUCGUGGUUGGCCCGGAGAGUGCGAGUGCACAUCCUGGUCCUGCAUGCUACCGCAAAGGCGGCCCAUUGACUAUCACAGACGCCAACUUGCUGCUCGGCAGGUUAUUACCUGACUUCUUCCCCAAGAUCUUUGGCAAGAACGAAGAUGAGGGCCUGGACGAGCAAGCAAGUGAGACCGCCUUCAUGGAGCUGACGGAAAAGAUCAACAAAGAGAAUGCCGCUGGUAACAAGGAGAAGGAAAUGGAUAUGGAUGAGGUCGCCUAUGGCUUUCUCAAAAUCGCCAACGAGACCAUGACUCGGCCGAUUCGAUCUCUCACCGAAGCACGAGGACACGACACCAGCAAGCACAGGCUCGCGACGUUUGGUGGCGCAGGUGGACAGCAUGCAGUCGCCAUCGCCGAAGCGCUCGGCAUAACACAGAUUUUGGUCCAUCGCUAUUCUUCAGUCCUAUCUGCAUACGGCAUGGCGCUAGCAGAUGUCGUAGACGAGCGACAAGAGCCUGAGUCACGUAUCUGGUCUGACAAAGAUCAAGAGACCAGGCAAUACCUGCAAGACAAAAUGGCCGAGCUCAAGAAGAAGUCGACCGCAACACUCAAGGACCAAGGGUUUUCUGAAGAUCAAAUUCAUUUCGAAGAGUAUCUCAAUAUGAGAUACCGCGGAACAGAAUCAGCGCUCAUGAUCGUCAGACCCAGUAAGCAAGAAGCGAGCAAGGACUACGAUGGUGACGAUUGGGCGUUUGGCAAGGCCUUUGUGAAACAACACGAGCAAGAAUUCGGCUUCACGCUACCAGACCGCGAUAUAAUCAUCGACGACGUGCGUGCUCGAGGCAUCGGCAAGACCUUCGAGGGUCUUGAAAAGACUGUCGAUCAGCAACUCAAAGAAGUCAAGCCAAAGGAUCUACAGAAAGGCGACAAGACCUAUGGUAGUAAGUCGGUGUACUUUGAGGGCGGGAGGCAGGAUACUGCUAUCUACAAGCUGGAAGAUCUGGCUGUCGGAGAUCGUAUCAAGGGACCUGCAAUCAUUGCUGAUGGCACCCAAACCAUUGUCGUCACGCCGAAUGCUUCUGCUCUGCUCAUCGACACGCACGUGGUGAUCAAUCUCGGCGAAGUUGAUGCACAGGAGAAGAAAGUGGAGACGAAGAACGUUGAUCCGAUCAUGCUUUCGAUCUUUGCUCACAGGUUCAUGGCCAUUGCUGAGCAAAUGGGUCGUGCAUUGCAAAAGACUUCUGUUUCUACUAACGUCAAGGAGCGCCUCGACUACUCUUGCGCUUUAUUCGACGCCGAUGGAGGUCUCGUUGCAAACGCACCACAUCUUCCAGUCCAUCUCGGAAGCAUGUCCACCUGUGUUCGCAAACAAGCCGAAAUAUGGAAAGGAAAGCUAAAGAAAGGCGAUGUGCUGGUUUCAAACCAUCCCAUGUUCGGCGGGACACAUCUACCUGAUAUCACUGUCAUCACACCCGCCUUCUCCGGUGACAACAUCGUCUUCUACGUCGCAUCACGAGCUCAUCAUGCAGACAUUGGUGGUAUCUUACCCGGCUCUAUGCCUCCACACAGUCGAGAACUCUUCCAGGAAGGCGCAGCGAUCAAGACUGAGAAGCUCGUAUCGGAAGGUCACUUCAACGAAGAACGCAUCACCGAACUCUUACUCACUGAGCCUGCGCAGUAUCCGGGUUGUUCCGGCACGCGUUGUCUUGCAGAUAACCUGAACGAUCUCAAAGCACAAAUCGCCGCUAACCAAAAAGGUAUCAACCUCAUUUCUACAUUGAUCGAAGAUUAUACCGAAGAUGUUGUACAAUUCUACAUGCACAGCAUUCAGGAUAAUGCCGAACUUUCUGUUCGGAAUCUACUCAAAGACGUCUCCUCUCGUUUCGAAGGCCAAGACCUCUCCGCCAUCGAUUUUAUGGAUGAUGGCUCUCCCAUUCAACUCAAAAUCACCAUCGAUGCCGAAAAGGGUGAAGCAGUAUUUGAUUUUACCGGCACGGGACCGGAAGUUUACGCCAACUGGAAUGCGCCUGAAGCUGUGACUUAUUCUGCCAUCAUCUACUGCUUACGAUGUCUGAUCAAAGAAGACAUUCCGCUGAAUCAAGGCUGUUUGAAACCCGUCAAAGUCAUCAUUCCUCCGAAAUCAUUCUUGUCGCCUUCCGGGACUGCAGCUGUCGUAGGCGGGAAUGUCUUAACAUCGCAGCGUGUUACGGAUGUGGUAUUGAAAGCUUUCCGCGCUUGUGCAGCUUCUCAAGGCGAUACGAAUAAUCUCACCUUCGGCUUCGGCGGUAACGUUUCUGGACAAGAAGCUGUCAAAGGUUUUGGGUAUUAUGAGACGAUUGCAGGUGGAAGUGGUGCUGGGUCGACAUGGGAUGGAACGAAUGGUGUGCAUACACAUAUGACGAAUACUCGAAUCACGGAUGCGGAAGUCUUUGAGAGGAGGUAUCCGGUUGUUUUGAGGGAGUUUAGUUUGAGAGAGGGAAGUCAUGGGAAGGGACAACAUAAGGGAGGGGAUGGUGUGAUUCGUGAUAUUGAGUUUAGGAUUCCGGUGCAGGUUUCGAUUUUGUCGGAGAGGAGGGUUUAUCAUCCUUAUGGGUUGGAGGGAGGAGAGGAUGCGCAGUGUGGGAAGAAUAUUUGGGUGAGGAAGGUGAAGAAGGUGAAAGGGUCGGAUGCGGAUGUUAAUGGAAAGAAGGGCGAGAAUGGGGAUGUGGGUGCUGAGAAGGAGGAGGAAAGGUAUAUCUCGCUUGGGGCGAAGAAUACUGCGGCUAUGCAGGCGGGAGAGCGUAUUAUUGUUAUGACGCCGGGUGGUGGAGGUUGGGGCCCUAUUGGUAAGGCCUCUGAAGCAGAGAGACAAAAGGAUCCGAAAGAGAGCUGGAAGGGUGGAUCGGUCGCUGCUCGGCAAGCGGAGGGCGAAGCCAGUGCGUGAUGGUGUGUGACUGGAUUUCACUGCGAUUGAGUCAGUUGUGGCUGUGAGUGGGUUGUCUGUUUUCAAGCAUCCAGUGAUCGGCGCUUCGAACUUUGGGGAGGCUGAGUGGCGCUGCAGCGAACGAUUGGAGAGGCCGCCGACACAUCGAUCAGCUGGAAUCUUGAAUGACUACUGUAGUUAGAGCGCGCC